AUGAAUCAACAUAGAGAAACAAUAAUAAUUCUUCGAACAAAUGCCAAUAUCAAUGCAAAAGAUGAUACUGGAAGAACAGCUCUUCAUCUUGCAGUUUAUAAUAAUAGAAUCGAUAUAGCCCAACUUCUGAUUGUGUAUCAAGCAAAUAUUAAUGAAAAAGAUCACAAGGGGCGUACUCCACUUCAUUAUGCCGCAUUAAAUAAUUACAAAGACAUGGUAGAAUUUCUUAUUAUGCAUGGCGCAGAUGUCAGUUCGACAGAUAUUGAAAAUCGCACAGCUCUUGAAUUGUCAUUAAUCUCAAACCAUCAAGAAACAGCAGAAUUUCUUAUUAAUGUUGCAAUCGAAAGUUCAGAUUCUUCUUGA